AUGUCUAUAGCUCGGCCACCUACCGAGGACCCAAACAUUGAGCCGAAGAGGGCUAAGAUGGAGAUCCAACCAGUAUUGAGUUUCUCAGAUGAGGACAAGGUUGGAACCAUACAGUCACAUGAUGAUGCCGUGGAGGUCACCCUCAGGAUAGGGGGGUAUGAUGUGAAGAAGGUGUUGGAGGAUCAAGGCAUCGAGACAGAUAUUAAGUACCCUGAUUUAUACAAAGGGCUAAACUUGAAACCUGAGGAUUUAGCAGCUUAUGAUUCACCUUUGUUAGGCUUUGGCGGGAAAGUUGUUGUUCCAAGGGGCCAGAUUAGACUACCUGUGCAAGCAAGUUCAGAGGUGGUAGAGGUGGACUUCAUUGUAGUGGAUGCUUAUUCUCCCUACACGGCCAUUUCAGGAUGGGCAAAGUGUGAGAAGUUAGAGAAAAAUGUUAUUAAUGAUGAUUUGGAAAAGUUCUUUCAAGUCGAAGCUCAACUGCCUCCUCAAGAAAAGGAAGAGCUAAUAGUGUUUCUCAAGAGGAAUAUUGGCAUGUUCGCAUGGAGUGCUUACGAAGUUCCUAGGGUGGACCCAAACUUCAUCUACCAUCAUUUGAAUGUCAAUCCAUCCAUCAUCCCUAAAGAGCAACCACCUCGGCACUCAUCUAAGGAUUAUUCUAAUGCUGUCAAGGACGAAGUGAUCAAACUUAAGCAGGCCGAGGCUAUUAAAGAGGUGUUUUCCCCUGAGUGGCUAGCCAAUACAGUAGUGGUGAAAAAAGAGAGUGAAAAGUGGCGAGUAUGUGUGGACUUCACGGAGGUGUUUUCCCCUGUCCAAAAGACCAUUUCUCCAUGCCUCGGAUAG